UGAAGGUUCCUCACACUUGUGAGCGCGCAUUGACGUGUCGAGGGAGAUCUCCAGUCAUCUGUGCGCGUGUCCGACGGCGCUCAAUGUACACGAGUUGCGAACGUUUUAAGAAGCAAAUUUCAGUGGGUUGUAUUUAAUAAUGGCAAAAUAGUGAUUUACCUAGUCUGUGAAGAAGUCUUACCUGUAUCCUUAAACUAAGUGCCCUUGGAUCACGCAGCAUCCGCUGAAGAAGUGAUCAAAGGUGUCAGUUUGUCAUCAUACCAAGGCAGACAUGGACUAUCUCUAUAACGAAUCGUGGAAAAACAUGACUUUAGAUGCAUCUGCCUCAUCGUUCAGUGGACUGCAGCUCCUGAUGGACCUCAAGCCACUCUUCAUCCCUCUGUACGCCAUGCUCGUCCUGGUAGCGUGUUCUGGAAACCUCAUCCUCCUCAUCCUCAUCGGCCUGAACAAGAAACUCCACAGCACUACAAACUUCCUCAUUGGAAACCUGGCCCUGGUUGACCUGGUUAUGUGCCUGUUCUGCGUUCCCCUUACUGCGUUUUAUGCCUUUGAUGAGCGCGGUUGGGUUUUUGGCCAGUUUAUGUGUCAUUUUGUUACCCUGAUGCAGACCGCCACUGUGUUUGCAGCAGUUCUGUCAUUAACCGCCAUUGCAGUGGACCGAUACGUGGUGGUCGCAUACCCGAUUCGCCGCCGUGGAGGUCGUUCUUUCUGCGCGUGGUUGGUGGUAAGCAUAUGGCUCUGUGCGUUAACAAUGUCCACCCCCACCGCUUUGCACACGGCCUACCUGGAUCUGAGUGCGACAGGUCAUGAAAUGGUGGUUUGUGAGGAGUUCUGGCAAGGGCAGGAGCUCAAUCGUCUAAUAUAUUCAUGUUUCUUCCUGCUCCUUUCUUAUUUCGUUCCUCUAGCAGCAGUUUCCAUAUCCUACUGUGCAAUCUCCUGCCACCUGCAACACCGAGCUACGCCUCGGCUCAUGGCCGCUACACCAUCCAACCAGGAAAAGUGGGGGCGCAAGAGGCGCAAGACGUUUCGCCUCCUGCUGGUGUCUGUUUUGUCAUUCGCAUUCUCCUGGCUACCCUUGCAGGUGGUCAACCUCAUACGUGACCUGGACCCCGACUUCGCCAUCCUAAACAAGAAUCAUGUCAAUGUGAUCCAAGUGUCUUGCCACUUGUUAGCCAUGAGCUCAGCUUGCUACAAUCCUUUCAUUUAUGCUUCUCUUCACAACAAGUUUUUGUCAUAUCUAUGCCAGAACAUAUUUCAAAGAAGAAAACCUCAUCAUACUCAGAGCAGCCUCACAACCUCCAGCCGAAUGCUGCGCUUGAAUACUUCUAGUACUUUUACUGACAUUCCCAUGGCCAUUAGUAAGAUUUCACAAGACUGAAUCUUCUCUACAGCAAACAGAUGUUGCUACUUUAGGUUGCAAACCAAUGACUCUGUUCUUAAAACUACAUGUGCUUCACUGAUUCCUGAGGAAAAUGUCUGUAUCUGCUUCAAAUGUUAAACAUUUGUAUUAAAUCGAAGGAGACAGUCUUGUGAUGUUUGGUCAAACUGUUCAUAUAUUAUAGGCAAAAAAAUAAAUGAUUCAUAUGUCUUGACCAGUAGGUGGUGUUGGUUCAAAACUACUCAUGAGGGUAGGUCAUGCUUCUGUUGAUAUGUAUGAACUUAGUCCUAAAUACGCAAAAGCGUUGCAAAAUUAUAGCCUCAUCCAUUCUGGCUUGGUUUUUAUCAAAUUGUUUGCAUGUUAUUCAGGGUUUGAAUAAUCAGCUUGAAUUUCAUGCAUUUUUGUUGGUAUGGUCUGACGCUGAUAGUUGGUUUUUGUAAAUAUUAAGCAUGUUCAUAAAUGUUUAGACAUUUUUUUUGGUCACACUUUAGUUUGAGGACCAAUUCUUGCUAUUAGCUAACUAUUGUCUAUGACUGUAACCUCAAUAAACUCCUAAUUCAGUGCUUAUUAAAGGAGAAGUCCACUUCCAGAACAAAAAUUGACAUAAUGUACUCAACCCUUGUCAUCCAAGAUGUUCAUGUCUUUCUUUCUUCAGCCGUAAAGAAAAUGUUUUUUGAGGGAAACAUUUCAGGAUUUUUCUCCAUAUAAUGGACUGAUAUGGUGCCCCGAUUUUGAACUUCCAAAAUGCAGUUUAAAUGGGGCUUCAAACGAUCCCAAAUGUGGUUGUAAAUGAUCCCAGCCGAUGAAGAAGGGUCUUAUCUAGCGUCACGAUUGGUUAUUUUCAUUAAAAAAAAUACAAUUUAAAUACUUUUUAAUCUCAAACACUGGUG